AUGCUUGGCUGGAUGCUCAAGCGCGGUGACAACGCGUCCAACGCGAACGGUGACGUCGAUGAUGCAACGCAAAUCGAGCAGCCUGACACGCCAGCUCCUGUAUUCGCUGCGCGGGCAUUCAAAAGUGCCUUGUUUGGAAGCCCACGACGCCACGAUAUUCGGCCUGCACGAACUGGAAGGCGAGGCGCGACGACAUCGACCGGCGAUCGAGAGUCAAACACACCUUCAAAACCGGCUGGAAUCCUCUUGACACCCGGCACGGGAACCACGAGGCGAAAGCGAGUGUCUUUUGGAUACGAUGUCCCCGGCCAGAAAGAGUCUACAACGCGGCUAGACAACGCAGCCACCGAACCACAAAAGAGUGCAAGCUCCAAAACGGAGACUGCUACCACUGCGCUCGAUUCUCGCCCUGCCGACGACGAUGAAUGGGAGGAGGAUGAUGACGGCGAACUCAUGGUGAACGACAUGACCAUGGACCUCAACGAACCGCACUCGCAGUCUGGCAAGUACUGGAAAGAGGAGUUUGAGAAAUACCACGAGGAUGCCAGGAUUGAGCUGGAGAAAUUGCUCAAGUAUAAGCAACUUGCAAAAUCUUACGCCAAGCAACGGGAUGCCGAGACGAUGCAGCUGGUCGAGCGUCUGCGCGCCGAGCAGCUGAAGGUGCUCAGAAUGGAGAAGAUGAUUGUGGAGAAUGAAUCCAACAUUGCCUCUGCGCGGGAGGCGGAGGAUGGUGACGCAACAGUCGAGCUGCUAGACAAAUUGUCGUCGCAGACGACUUUGGCCACGCAAUACCGAGAAAAGGUGCAGAAACUAGAAACCGAAUUGGAGGAAGCGUUGCACGAUCGAGAGCAGAGAGCCGACGGGCAACGGCGGCGCCGACAGGGGAACGCGUCGCCCGCAACUCACAAGGCCCUGACCGAGACGCAGCGCGAGUUGCGACAGGCAAAGAGCCAGCUGCGAGAAAUGGGGUCACUGCGCGAUCAGGUCUCUUCGCUCAAAGCCAAGUUGCAAGCCGCUCGAGAACAGUCCACGAGCGUGAAAGACGCACCGAACGAGACGUCACGGACCAAGGAGCUACGCGCGCAAAUUAAGGCACUCAAAGAGGACUCGCUGAAGAAGGAUCAUGAGCUGUUGGUUCUCAGGUCCGAGUUUGACGCUUUUCGAAAGGAAUCGUCAACUCACGAUGCUGAAACUCGUGGUAUCUUGGAGCGCGCACAUUCCAAGAUUGCCGAGCUCAAGAAAGAAAUCAAGACUCUCAAAUCUAAGCAAGCAGAGAAGCCUCGGCCCCAGAGCUGGGAUCCGGCCGGAGAUGCUGGCCAGGCAGAUAUGGACGAUUUCAACGAUCAUAUUACUUCUGCCGAGCCUCGACGCAGCUUAGAUGCCGACCAACGUCGCAAGCCACAGCUUACCUCCAAAGAGCGAAAAUCGCGGUCCCUUCGCGAAAAGUUCCGCGAGGAUGCCCCUCCAAGCCCCGAGCGCGUACCGAUGGCACGGGGCGCACGCCAGGUAGACGACAAACCCCAGUGGCAGGAAUUCGUGCCCAGGUCCCCACGAAACCUGGAUUAUCUUGGCGAGGAUGUGGCCAGGCGUAUAGAAAACGGCGGCGUCACACCAGCGGCCGCGAAAACGAAGAAGGCGAUGAUGCCGUCUGAGCGCGACCGGGCAGAAAGACGACAAGGGGCGAGCAAAUCAGACGACGAGGACGCGAUUGACUUGCUCAGGAGCCGUUUUGCCAAGCUAGGCGGCCCGGAAGAAGGCGGGCAGGGCUAUGCCGGCAUCUCGAUCCCCGGUAGGAUCAAUCUUCCGCCAGAGCGCCGUGCUGCGGCGCUGGCGAGGAUCGAGAAGCGCAUGGCUGAGAAGAAGAGAGCGCGGGCGCGAAAUAUGGACAAGGAGAACAUACAGCCCAUGAGGUAG